CCCCUCUCCGAUGGCAGAUUCAGAGAAGGAGGCGACGGAAGCACCCACAACAAUAUUUGACAAGAUUAUAAAGAAGGAGAUCCCGUCCACCGUUGUUUAUGAGGAUGACAAGUGGGUUGAUUUCUUAUCCGAGUUGAGCAUCUUCAAAUUUCAGUGGCAGGCUGCACACAGCAUUGAGCCAAACUUAGAGCCAGGGCGACGGUUACCUAAUUAUUUAAUGGCCACCAAUUUUUGUGGUUUUUGUAGCGACAAAUAUGCUAUAUGAUUUCCAGAACCAUAGCAAGAAUGACCGUGUUGAUCACGCCAGAGCAGUCCUGUCACUUACGAGUUCUUGCAUUCAGAGAUAUCGCCCCACAAGCUCCCACACAUAUAUUAAUCAUUCCAAAAGUUAAAGAUGGGUUGAGUGGGCUUUCAAAGGCUGAAGAGAGGCAUGUAGAGAUACUUGGCUACCUGCUAUAUAUUGCCAAACUGGUUGCGAAGCAGGAAGGACUUGGAGAUGGAUUUAGGAUUGUCAUCAAUGAUGGCAAUGAUGCUGGUCAAUCGGUGUAUCAUCUACAUGUACAUCUUCUCGGUGGAAGACAGAUGAAUUGGCCUCCUGGCUAAUUAAGGCUCACUGUUGUUGUUUAUUGCAUGGUAAAAUUCAUCCAUGCAUCUCUCUUCUCUACGAUGUUUCGAGGAAUAGGCUUUAUCUUUAGCCGUCUUCUUUUCUCUACUUGGUCGUCCGCAUUCUAUCAUUGAAAAUUUGAAAUUAUUAUGCUGCUUUAAUGAUUUAAAGUUUCAAUGAGGUACCACAAAUUCAGAGAGAUAUCUUGAUUUGAUUGUUCUUAAUUUGAUUGACUAAAAUAUAAGUCCUAAACAGUGCUUGGAAAAGCUAAUUAACUGUGACAUUAUCGAUUAUUGUUGUUUCUUA